AUCGACAAAAUCAUCGCCAAAAGUAAUGGCAAACUCUCGGAACCGGUAGACAUGAAACGGAUUACCGGAGCCUUUGUUAUGGAGUCUAUAAUACAAGUGGCUUUCGGCCGGAAAGUGUCGGCUCUGGACGACCCAAAUAACCCAAUCAUAGAAAAUGCGCGCAAUAUGUUCAGCACAAGUUUAGUUGCCUUAAUGAGAAUGGUCACAGUAAUGAUUGCACCAAAAGUGGCUAAAAUGUUCAAGAUAACUAUAUUUAAUAGUAAAGUUUCGACAUUUUUCCGCGAUUUUACUCUUAAUUUGAUCGACGAUAGGAAACGCCUUUUGGAAACCGGAAGUCCUGUAAAUAGGGUUGACUUUUUGCAACUAAUGUUGGAUUCAAAGAGAGAUAAUAAUAAUGAGGCGAUCGAUGGGUCCGACGAAUAUACGGAUAGUAAGAGUGCAGAGAAAUAUCGGGAAAUACAGGCCACGGAUGAUAUGACCGAUAAAAGCCUUUCAUACGAUGAGCUCAUAGCCCAAUGUGUGGUGUUUUUAGUGGCCGGGUAUGAGACCACUGCCGCCACUCUAUCCACGUGUUUGUAUGCAAUCGCUAAACAUCCAGAAGUCCAACAAAAACUGUACGAAGAAAUUAAUAACUUUCAUGAACAACAACAGAAAUCAAAUGCCAAUCCGUACGAAGCGUUUCACGCAUUGAAAUACAUGGACGCAGUCAUCGACGAAACCCUACGUCUAUACACAGUCGUUACAUUCCACGAGAGGGUCGCUAAUGAGGACUACGAGCUUAAAGGCACCGGUAUUACUAUCAAAAAGGAUCAAGUGGUGCACAUCCCUAUCUAUGCCAUACACAGAGACCCGGAACACUUUGCUGACCCGGAAGUGUUUAGACCGGAAAGGUUUUUAGCGGAAAAUAUAGCCCACAAUCCCUAUACGUAUUUGCCAUUUGGUGCCGGCCCUCGAAACUGUCUGGGCAUGCGAUUGGCUCAGUUGGAGAUUAAAUUAGCCCUGGUCAAUCUUGUUCAUCGAUAUGUUUUUCACGCAACAGAGAAACCAUUGGAGCAAGGUGUUUCCGGUUUUAUGAUUAUACCAAAAUCAGUGGAUUUGAGAAUUGAGAAACGAACACAAUUUGUAAAAUGACCAUAUUGAUUUUAAUUAAUUAUUUGUAAAUAUUUUCAAAACAUCUUGGACAAUUUAAACCAACAUUACUGCGAUUAAUUUGUAAACUUUUAUUAUUAAUAAUUUAAAUAUAAUACUAAUAUAUUGGCAU